AUGUCCACACUCAAGAAAAGAAGCAAAAAGUCCGUGAACGCAGCUCCAACUUCGGUCUGGACCGCACCUGAGCCCGAGGAAGUCACCAAGAUCGUGACCCCGAAAAAAGACUCCGAGCUCUCAUACCUUGUAGCAUUGGUGGGAGUGACAGCAGUGGCUGCCUAUCUCCGUUUCCGUAUAAUUGGCUGGCCUGACAAGGUUGUCUUCGAUGAAGUCCAUUUCGGUAAGUUUGCCUCAUACUAUUUGCAAGGUACCUACUUCUUCGACUUGCACCCACCAUUUGCUAAGCUACUCAUUGCAUUUGCUGGAUGGUUGGUAGGGUACGAUGGAGAGUUUAAGUUCGACAACAUUGGUGAUAGUUACAUCACCAACAAAGCUCCAUACAUUGCUUACCGUUCUUUGCUGGCUAUUCAGGGUACUGCUGUAGUGCCUGUCAUGUUUCUCACCAUGAAAACACUCAAUUUCUCCGUUUUGGCUUGUGUGUUGUCCUCAGCAAUCGUUACUUUCGACAAUGCGCACGUUAUUGACUCCAGAUUGAUCUUGUUGGACUCCACUUUGCUCAUCAGUGUGGCAUUGACGAUCUUCUGCUACUCUAAGUUCAGCACUUAUCGUCGCCAGCCCUUCGGUCAAUGGUGGUGGACGUGGUUGCUUGCCACUGGAUUCUCCUUGUCUUGUGUCAUUUCCACCAAGUAUGUUGGUGUUUUCACCUACUUCACCAUUGGUUUGGCAGUGGUCCACGAAUUGUGGAUUUUGCUUGACAUCAAGAAGGGUCUUACCAUUGAACAAUUUGCUCUGCACUUUGUGGCCCGUUUGUUCGCUUUAAUCAUCUUCCCAUUCUUUAUCUACUUGUUCUGGUUCUACUUGCACUUUGCCAUUUUAACCAAAUCUGGUCCAGGUGACGCCUUCAUGUCUACCGAGUUCCAGGAAAGUUUGCUGGAGUCAGUUUUGGCCAAGGAGGCAAAGACUGUCAACUACUAUGAUAUCAUCACUAUUAAGCACAAGGAUACCGGGGCCUUUUUGCACUCUCACGAACACAAGUAUCCAUUGCGUUAUGAGAAUGGUAGAGUCUCCUCAAACUUGCAGCAGGUGACAUGUGUCUUUGAUCAAAACGGUAAGGAGAUUCAAGACACCUACUCUCAUUGGCAAAUCGUUCCAACCAACAACGCUAAGAAAACUGACGGUGUUCACACCAACGACAUUGUUAGAUUCAAGCAUAUUGGAACUGGAGGAUUCUUAUUGACGCACGAUGUCGCCUCUCCAUUAAAGUCUACCAAUGAAGAGUUCGUUGUUGUCCACGGAGACACCAUCGAGCUGAGAUACAACGAGACCUUGUUCCGUUUGCGUUUCGCUGAUUCCAAGAACAACCAGAACAAGAGAAAGUUGGUCAAGACCAAGGCCGUCGACAUGAGAAUUCUUCAUGUGGAUACUGUUGUGGCUAUGUGGACACAUGACGAUGAGUUGUUGCCUGAAUGGGCUUUGGAGCAGCAGGAAGUCAGUGGUAACAAGAAAAUCCCUGAUAAGGAUAACAUUUGGACAUUUGACCACAUUGUUAACUUGGCUCCACAGGACCCAAGAACCAUCUACGUUCCUAAGGAGAUCAGAAAGAUUCCAUUCUUGAAGAAGUGGUGGGAGUUGCAGGGCUUGAUGUUUCUUCAUAACAACCAGUUGUCAUCUGAGCAUCCGUUUGCUUCGCAGCCUGACUCGUGGCCACUUGCUCUCUCCGGAGUUUCCUUCUGGAAUGACAACGACGAGAGAAAACAGAUUUUCUUUAUCGGAAACAUCCCAGGUUUCUGGCUUGAAGUGGGAUUCCUCGCCAUCUACGCUGGAUUUGUGUUGGCUGACCUUGUAACCAGUCGUAGAGACGUUCACAUCUUGAGCAAGAAAGCCCGUUCCAGAUUGUACAACACAUUGGGUUUCUUCGUGGCUGGAUGGGCAGCUCACUACUUGCCAUUCUUCUUGAUGAACAGACAAAAGUUCUUGCACCAUUACUUGCCAGCACAUUUGAUCGCAGGCUUAUUCACUGGAGGUUUCGUGGAGUUCCUCUGCACCAACAGAAGUAACAGCGUGCGUGGCCGUCUUGGCCCUCUUGGUAUUGACAAGGUCAAGUUCUACGUAGCUUCUGCCGUUAUGAUCGCAGCCAUGGCGUGGUUCUUCUGGUACACAAGAAUGAUCACUUACGGAAACUUCACCAUCUCUCCACAAGAAAUCAGAAAGAGACAAUGGUUUGACAUUAACUUGCACUACGCCAAGUAA